AUGCUGGUCGAAACAUCGGGUGGACCUCCACCACGCCGUUUUGGGCAAGGCCCCAAGAAGCUCGCCAGUGACGUAUCCCGGCUGCUGACCACUAGCGCCGUGCGUGGGUGUCGACUAAGACCCGCGCCAGCCCAAUCUACCAGAUGCCACCCCUCAUCACCAACCAGCAAGAAGAGCAACCAACCGGGCAGCCAGCUCGCCAGCCAGCUAGCCAGCCAGCACGUCCGUCACAUCACGGCAGGCCGACACCAGCCAUGUUUCUCGUCUGGCCGGCCCGCCUACUCGCCUUAGGGCGGGCGUCGGAGGGUGGG